UCUUGUCCAUCCCACGCACCAGGUAGGAACAACACACCACAGUCCACAAGGCGCGCCCGCAUCUACACUCGCACUAAAAGCAGCAAAUGCUCACUACGCUAACGCCUACCUUGUGCGCUUUACUGCUCCAUUUACUCCCGCAGAGGUGAACGGGCGCCUUUCGUUUUUCUGCUUCACUUCUCGGAAGCAGAGGUCGACCGAGCUGAUCUCCGCAUCCCGUUUCCUGUUCAUCAGAGAGAAGCUAGUUAAUGGCCGCCAGCGAGAGAAACGAGUCUUCGGCGGCGCCAUUGCUGGCAGCAGCGAGGGAGAGAAAACUCUGCAAGGAAGGGUGCCCAGGAUGCAGGCUGGACGAGAUCAACAAGAGCAAGACCGGCAUCCCCUACCUCAACUUCUUCUACGUGUGGGUCGUCUGUCUCUGCGCCGCUCUACCGAUCCAGUCACUGUUUCCCUAUCUAUACUUCAUGAUUAGGGACUUGGAAGUCGCAAAGCAAGAGCAAGACAUUGGGUUCUAUGCUGGUUUUGUUGGGGCUGCUUAUUUCCUUGGAAGAACCAUCAGUGCUGUGCCAUGGGGCAUUUUUGCUGACAAAUAUGGGAGGAAGCCUUGCAUUGUUAUCAGUAUCCUCUCAGUGAUCGUAUUUAACACCCUUUUCGGCCUUAGCACGACUUACUGGAUGGCAAUUGUAACUAGGGGGCUACUUGGGUUACUCUGUGGUAUAUUAGGACCAAUCAAGGCCUAUGCUUCAGAAGUCUGCAGAAAAGAGCACCAAGCACUAGGAAUUUCUCUUGUUACAUCUUCACGAGCAAUAGCUCUUGUUAUUGGACCAGCCAUUGGAGGAUUUCUUGCACAGCUUGCGUAUCAUUGCAUUGAUAGAAGGAGCAGAAUAAGUACAGAUAAGGGUACAACACAUGACACGAACGCAGACAGGCGUGAACAUGGUGUCCGGAGCAGAAAGACAAGGGAUGCUCAGCCCGAAGAGAAGAUACAACACAGCUAGACCUACCAAACCCAAACAAAGAGCAGCAAACUCGAACCAACAAGGUCACCAACAUCGCCAGAGCCAAGACCGGGGACAACGCGAGCAAGCAAGAUGGCGCCUUCAAGAAGGAAUACGACGCCGAGACACCGUCGCCAUCCGGUCCGGAGGAACCGGGCCUAGGGUUUCCCCUGAGCUCGAAGAGGGGCGCAACCGAGGGCCUUGACAACGCCUCCAAGGAGGAAACGACAUCCGCAGACGCCGUCGUUGCCAGCAUCGGCAAACCGAGCAGGGAUUUCUCCCUGGCCUGAGGCUAAGCAAUCCCAUAGCCACCGAAUCUGGAAACGAGGAUGAGGAAGCCAACGCUGAUCGGAGCCGCCAUGUCGGAAGAGGGGUUGGCGGGCUGCACCUGCCGUCGGAGGGUGGCACCUCCUCCGGAUCCACGAGCAUUGGAUCUGGCAAAAAGGGAAGGCUUUGAAGUGUACAAGGUAGGGCAGACGGUGAAGUAAACCAAGAGGGGGUUGGGCGACGGCGAACAGCAACGCCGGCAAGCUAGGACUAGAGGUACGCAGAUCCGAGCUGCCGUGGCCAUAGCCGUCGAGACGUCGAGGAGCCAGGCGAGCUGGAAGGGACGCAGCUGCUGGGUUCUCGAGGCUGGAGCCGCCCAACAGAGGACACCGGCAGCCAUGGACACCGGAGAGACGCGGGUCCAAGUUCGCCGGGGCCGGAGCAGCGCCAGCAAGUACCCGUCUUGAGGGACUUCGUGACUGCCUCUAGCAAUGUAGCUUCAUCGCCUCCGCGCAUGAGCCAUCACCGCGGCUCGGGAAAGAGAGGGCCGCCGGAUACGAGGGGGCCGCAUGCAGGAAGGCCGACUGCGAACCCCCCCGCGACCGGCCGCAGAUCCCGCACCCAACCCACGACUAGUCGCAGCAGCAGGGCAUGGCCUCGCCGCGGAGGGUGGAGGGAAGGUCUGCUGUGGAGGGCGUUAGGCAGGGACGUGUUGGGGAACGUAGCAGAAAUUCAAAAUUUUCCUACGUGUCACCA